AUGGCGGAGUAUUUGGCGUCGAUCUUUGGUACAGAGAAAGACAAGUAAGUCAAUCCAGGGUCGUAGGCGAUCCAUUUUCAUGUUUUAAAUAAAUAAGAUUUUAUUUUGUUCAGGUUUGAGUACCACAAGCGCAGGACUUUAGCGACUAUUGUGUUGUCAGAUCAGGUUUUUACUGCAACCAUUUAUUUAGCUAAGAGUUUGCAAAAUAUAAGCCUGUAAGAUCUGAACGUCCAUAUUGUCCACAAAUUUUGUUUCUUGUGUUCCAUACAGGAAACUUCCUAUUACUGUUAGAUAAUUUUAAUGAUCUGCAUGAAAACGAAGUUAUUUUUGGUUAAAAGAAAGUCCCCGAACCCCAAUUUUUGUUACACAACUAUACCUUCAAAGUUUAGCUUGUCGGUCUUAUAUAAAAAGCCCCUUCUAAACGAUCAAAUAUUAUAAACGUCGUGUCUGAAAAGCAUGUUUUACCGUUCACAAACCAAUGUUUGAUCGUUGAGCCACCCCAUGGUCAUGUUCUGCAUGACGAAUACAAUGGUGGACGAAAAUGUUUGAUUGUUUAGCCCUGCGUAGUUUGACUAUACCAAGACAAGUUAUGAAUUCUUCUACAUUAUUAUUUGAGAAAUGGAAGAAGGUUGUAGUUGAAAAUAUGUGGGAAAAAUUGAUUAAGGAGGCAUGUAUAGUUCUGUGUUUGCUAAAUUGAUUUUCCACCUGUUUAGAGUAAAUUGCUCUUUCUACUUCAAAAUUGGUGCUUGUCGCCAUGGAGAAAGAUGCUCAAGACUUCAUAACAAGCCCACCUUUAGCCAGGUGUGUACCUUUUAACCCUUUAAGUCCCAAUAGUGACCAACAGCAAUUUUCUCCUAACAAUGUCUAUACAUUGUCAAGAGAUAAGGUUGUGAGAAUAUAAAAAAUGACCAUGAAAGAGAAAAUGCCUUGAUGUUUUAUUAAAUUCUCUCAACUAAUUCUUAAAGGAAAUGUAUGGAGAUCAGUUUGGAGAAUUUGUAUGUGGAUACUGGGGCUUAAAGGGUUAAUGGAACUUAUUUGUUUUUGUCUGGAUUAGAAUGACAUUGUGUUAUGUGUGUGCCUUAGGGUGGAUUUCUACUGUCACGUAAUUUUCACUUGCGUGUACAUACACGUAAAUUUUACUCAUGUAAAUAAAAAUAAUAGAGACAUGGCAUACCUGCCAACCUCCGGAGAUCUAAAAUCUGGAGACUCUAUAUUUUGCACUACACCCCCCCCCCCCCCCACCCCCCCCCCCCUUCACCACUCCACACACCACCCCCCCCCCCCCCCCCCCACAACCACCUCACAAGCACACCAACCCUACCACCCCUCACGCGCCCUCAGCUCAUACAUCCCCCCCCCCCCCCCACCCCCGAAUGUCAACAGCACCAAAACCCCCACUCCCCCUCCCCGCGCCAACAAAUUGCCUUACGACAUUCUAUGACGUCUUACAUGACGUACAUGGGGUCAAAAUGCGCUUUCAUCAUUGUAAUGAUGAACUAAACUUUGUCAUUGACUAAAAAUGUGCCAAAAUGUCCCAGAAACUGUAUGUAAUGAAUAAAAAAAGUUCGAAUUUUGUGAAAAGAUGGACUAAAUUUCAAACUAAAGCACAGAAAUGCUCAAAAGUCCAUUUUAUCCGGGAGAUUUGGUGCUCUAACCCGGAGAUCGGGAGAUUUGAUGAAAACCUUGGAGACUCCCGGGAAAACCGGGAGAGUUGGCAGGUAUGACAUGGUAUGAAGUGUUGCGCUUGAACUUGAAGUUGAGCGAGAUUGAACUUUUAUGCUUGAUGUUUCAUACGUUACCUCUCUUUUACACACACAUAAAAAUUACACGGCAGUGGAAAUCCACCCUUAGGCCCAGUUCAAACAUUGCAUUUCACGCUCAAAUGUGCUGAAUUUAAUGUUUACGAGGAAAUUCUAUCAUUCUCCUCAGUUGCAUUAGAUUUGUCACUUGUGAAAUGCAACAUUUUAACUGGACCUUUGGACAGUCCUCUCAACAUAAAUACAAACUGAACUUCACUGUUAAUGUGUGAAAUAUUUGUGACUCUGUUAGUAAGAUGUACCAUUUUAUAGAAUGAGAGAAAUCAAAGGAGAUUUUUUAUUUUAUUUUUUAUUUAUUUAUUUAGUCACUCACAAAACCGUAUACAACAUGAAUAAAAGUUGUUAAUUAAUUUAUAAAAUUAAUGUGACAAGUAAGCCUAACGAAGCUUGAAGCUUAUAUUAAUAGGCUUCCUUCAACUACCUAGUGAACUAAAUUCAUGGCUCAAUGCAGAGUGAACAAGAUCAGAAAAUUAAGCGACAGAUCGCCUGUCAGUGAGAUAAUUCUUUAAAUUUUUUUUAAAAACAAAUAUAGAAGGAGAGCUAAUUAGUGAAACAGGCAACGAAUUGAUGAACGAGAUGUUGCUAACCUAAAAAUUACCUGUCUAAGCCAUCCUUAAUAUAUGUCAUGUUAAUAUGGUCUCUUUUUGUGGUAAUAUAUUUUGGUUUGCAGACCAUUUUGCUACAAAACAUGUACCAGAAUCCUCAGAGUGCCGCCCAGGUUGCAGAUGGGACAAGUAAGCAUUAUAGAAAACUCUUUUCCCCAGAAAAGAAGUCAAAAGUUAAAGCCACAUUUCAUUGCACCUGGCUUGUAAAAAAUGAAUGUUUUUUCAAAAUCUACAUUGUAUGUUUUCCCCUUUUACUACUCUUUACCAACUUGAUGUUCAACUGCAAGGUUCUCAAUACAAUUUAGUAGGGUGAUAUUUGAUACUUGCUUUUCUCAAGACAACAUGAAGAAUUUGCCCAAUAAAACUGGGCCAGAAAAUUUUCUGUAUUACAUUGUGUCUUGGUGAAAUAACUAUUUUAAACUGUGGCUCAGAAAGGAGGAGUUCUUUGUGGAGGAUAAAUGACAUUUUGUCCAGAACAGAUUUCUCUUAUUUGUUUCUCUUUGUUCUGUUUUUUUUUUUUUUUUUACACUGAUAAAAAUGAUUAUUACCAUCAGCAACUCACAAGUUCAGGGAUUCAUAUGAAUGAACAAGAACGAGAAAGGCACAUUAAACAAAACAAAAUUUGUGAAAGGUUGCUUCUCUCAUGUACAAGCACUUACUUCUUUGGUAAGGUGGCUCAAUAAGGUUUUCUGUUUCAAGGCUUCUUAAGUUUGAGUAUAAAGUACGCCCCCAUUAACAAAGAUUUGGAAUAAUUACCACCACAGCUGUAUUAGAUAAAGAUGAAAAUUUGUUAUGAUCAGGGUAACAGUGACAUCGAAGUUGUCAUAGUAAUGAAAUGAAGCAAUUACCGGUACCUCAUCUUUAUCUAAUACAGCUGUGGUGGUAAUUUUUCCAAAUCUUUGUUAGUGGUGACAUAGUUUAUACUCAAAUUUAGGAGGUAUUGACCCUGAAAAACUCUAUCAAGCCACCCUUAAAGUAAUUCAAAGAAAUUUCAUGUCCUCUUUACUUUGUUAUCCACAGGUAGUGCAAUAUCUGAUGUAGAGGCCCAGGAACAUUAUGAUCGAUUUUUUGAGGUUUGUAUUAACCUUUCUGAUUUUUUUACCAAGGCUGUGCUCUAAGAAAAAUUGAAGGGAGCCCAUCCCUUUAGAGUAGCUCACCAGGGUUCCCAGUGUAGGGUUUCUAUAGUAAAACUUAGAUACUCUAGUCUCCUAGGAGAAAAAGUUUGGUGCCAGGGGCAACCGGGUACUGCUAUAGCAAAGCCUUGUUAUAGUUAAAAAGUCUUAAGAAAACCAUCUUGUGAUGAAUUCAUUGACUUGCAUAUUUUUUUUUCUGUAGGAUGUUUUCUUGGAACUUGAAGAGAAAGUAAGUUGGAUCAUUAAAUUUUGUUUCACACAGCUCUGGAGAGCAAGCAAGCUUCUGUCAAUAAAUUAAUUAUUACAAGCACUAAAGAGUGGAUAGCAAAGUUUUUCAAGGAAUAAUUUAAGGAAGUACCCUAGAAGGCCAAUAGUGUACAGUACUUGCUGUCUUGCAGUGUAGCAUUCCCUCCUCCCUGCCAGAAGUUAAGGGGCAUGCUUAUCAAACCCUUGUAUGCCCCAAAUGUUCAUUUUGCUUGCUGCUGUUGUUUCAGUAUGGUGAAAUUGAAGAAAUGAAUGUUUGUGACAAUCUUGGAGACCAUCUUGUUGGCAACGUCUAUGUCAAAUUUCGCUAUGAAGAAGAUGCAGAAAAAGCUGUGAAAGACCUUGAUAAUCGCUGGUACAAUGGUAAGAGGCAGAGUUGACAGUAAGUUAUCAACAUGGUAAUGCACCUGUCAAACUUAAUAAUUCAUCAUGUGUAUUGAUCACAGGAUGUUUUCAAGUUGUUUUGUUUUGGUCCAGGAGGGUUUUGUGGUUGCAUAAAGGUUGAGUUGCAUGUGCAAGAAAUUAUCAAGCAACCGGCAUUGUCAGGACUAAACCUAUAUGGCAUGCUUUUUAUUGCUGUGAGUCUAUGUUGCAACAAUGUCUUUUGUUGCCAUUUGGUCCAUGGUUUGAAAUGACAAUAGUGUUUUCUUUAUUUAUCAGCUAAAUCCUGCUAACUAAUGUUGGUUUAAUUUGUGCAGGCUUUCUUUCCAUCAGCCACAAAUGAUCAAAAUGUUUCUAAAAAUCACUGUCUUUUGAAAGCUCCCUAGUAUUUCUUAACGUGCACUGGUACAUUGUAUAUACAUUGUUACAGAUUUUGGUGGCAGUCUCUUGCAGUUAAAGGGAGUGUUUUGUUAUUGAUUUCUCUGUCAUUUUUUGCAGGUCAGCCCAUUUAUGCUGAGCUGUCUCCUGUUACCGACUUUAGGUUAGCACAUCAACCUAGCUGUUACUAUGUUUCAGAUUGUACAAAUUGGGUUCAUUAGAGCAUAAUUUCAAGCAAGACAUAUAAUAUUCCAUUAAGCCCCAAUAGUGACCAGUAUCUAAUUUCUCCUCACAGUAUCAGGGCAUAGUCAAAGAAAGAAGGCAUGAGAUUUAAGACAAUGAUCGUGCAAAAUCCAUUGUUUUUUAUUGGCGUCUUCUCCCAACUAAUGCCAUAAGAUAUUUUUGGAGGCCAGUUAGUAGAAUUUGAGUUUUGAUAUUGUUGCUUAAAGGGUUGAGGGGAGCAUGGACAUUGUUGAGAGGUUUCUUGUACAAGUAAGGAGACAUUUAGAAGAAAAGCUGUCUGUAGUUUAAUGAUUUCAUACAGCCUGUUCUUUGCUUGCCAAAUUUUAAAACAUAUUGUUUCCUUUCCUUUUUGUUUUAGGGAGGCAUGCUGCAGACAGUAUGAAAUGGGGUAAGCCUAAAAUAUUUCCUGCUUUUGUUACAUGUAGUUAGUCCAUUGACAAUCUCAAACUUGUAGUGCACACUAACAGUAGUUCCAUACUAGUGCUGUCUCUUUUUCGUUUGUUUAUUUGUAUUAAGUUCUUCUCCUGAAUUAUAUGAUUUUGGAUCCUAAGUGAAGCUUGCAGAGAGCUUGUACUACACAAAUGUAGUCUUUAAAAUUGAAGGGGACACUCAAAGGGAUCACAAAGAGUGUACACUUUAGCACGGCCUCUUUUGGAAUCCAACAAGGAUGGUUGGUGCUAAUUACUGCCACAGAUUCAUCUUUAGAAAUUCAGAAUGUGUAAGUAAAGUGAUUUACACUGUAGCAAAAGAUUCAUGGCACAGCCUUUUUGGGAAUCCAACAAGGAUGGUUGGUGCCAAUUACUGCCAGAGAUUCAUCCAUAGAAAUUCAGAAUGCGUAAGUAAAGAGUGAUGAGAAAUUUUAUUUGACAACUUGUGGCUAAUGUUCAGGACUUGGUCUGUUAUCAACUGUACUGUAUGCAAUAUUAGGGAGUUUAAGCAAACAGGACUGUGAUGAGGAUGGCAAUAGGGAUGUCAGGUAUAGUUAACAAAUUGAUGCCAGUCUUUUAUGUGUCUGUCCUCUAACUGAUGAUAAAUUGAUGUCAUGACAUUGUCAAAGUGUUGUGGAUCUACUAGCCGAGGCUGUCUUCUUAUGAUGUCAUAAAAUUGUCAAAGUGUUGCAGAUGCACGAGCCACAUGUUGUAAAGUGCAGUGAUGGCAGGAGUUGUUGUUUUGGUUAUAAAACCUAUCACUAUGACUUUGCCUCACUGUCUGUCGUGGUUGCUUAAACUUCCUAUUAUUUCAUGCCCACUGAAUAUUUCCUCUUUUCAAUUUAUUAUUGCUGUACUCAAAGUUCUUUUCUCUCUGAUACAUACAUACCAACAUUUUAUUUGUGUUUUAAGAAUGAUUUACAAUAAUUAUUGUAACAUGCCAGCGGGUAGCUAUGCUAAUCUAGGCACGUCAUGUUUUCAGGAAAUCAAUACAACUAGAAGUCACAAGAGACCUAAAAAGAUAGAAUUGACAUAAUGAGUACAGACUUGUGUAAUUUUUUGAGCUGAUGCUCCUAGAAGGCUGUUUCUGAUUGUAUGAUCCCCUCUGUUAUGCAGUGAAUGCACACGAGGAGGGUUUUGUAACUUCAUGCAUCUGAGGCCUAUAUCUCGGGACAGCCGGUAAGAGUGUCUGGACUACUCAGCGUAAUCAAUUGUAGUCUUCUUGUAUAUUCCUAGAGAGUGUACUCGCGGUGGGUUUUGUAACUUCAUGCACAUGCGGCCUAUUUCAAGAGACUUGCGGUGAGUUGGGUGGAAGGGACAAGAGUGGGAAUGGGGAGCAUAAAUGGGAACGGAAAAGGAAAAAAGUGGGAUCCAGAAAAUGAAUGAAAGGUGGCAAAAAUACAUUUUAUGGAAAACAUUAGAGAUCUUUAGAUUUGAGGAUGGAGUUGUUUCACAUAUUCUCAAAAAAUAGUCACCCCAGAAAGCUUUAUUUUUUUUAUUUUUUUUUUUUUCACCAAAAAAAUUAUCACUGUUGUCUUUAUUGAGGGAAGUUAAGCCCUCUCCUGAUCGCAAAAUUAUAAAACCUCCAACAUUUGAUACCUUGUCUCACCAGUACAACAUUCUGGCUAAAACUAGAAGUAGAAUGACAACGGCUAUCAUGUUUUCCGGCCAAAGUGACUCGUACUCUUAGUCGACCUCAUCUUAGAAUCUAAAGCUCUCUAUUAUAGUGAAGUUUGGGACCCAGUUUAUGGACAACCUCUGAACAGGUUCCUUGGACUACACCUGCUUAGACAGACCUCUGUCUGGCCUAUCUUCUUCAAGCAAGUAACAGUCACCUGCUUUUUUCCCUGAUUGUUUAUUAUUAUGCCUGGUCCUACAUGUAUGUAACCUAACCUCGUAUUCCUUCUGAGGACUAAGGUUGUAAACACUGUACUUUAGAAAUGUGGGAAUCUCAAAUGGUCCGAGCUAUGAAAUUAGGGUUACCGGUAGUUAGAUUUAAAAUGUUCUCUAUCUUCCCUUGGUGAUCUUCGCAGUUAAUUUUGUGUUCUGAGACAGCUAGGGACCACUUGGUCACAGCUGCGUUAAUUUUCUUGGAUAAUGUCCAACUGUCUACUUCAUUAAGUUACUGGUAUAUUUUUAAAGGGAUGUUUAUGGCAAAGGCCUGUUUAGGGGCAUACUAAGAACUUUAAUAGUAUCAUCAUUUCUACAUUCUGUAUUAUAUAUUUGUACUUGUUUGUGAUUACAAACAAUUAAUUUUUUACAUACAGGCGAGAGUUGUAUGGCCGCAACCGUCGUAGAAGGAGGUAUGUCCCUUUUCUUUUUGUAACUUGUAGUUUGAAUUGUCAGCUGUUUUGAAGGCAGCUUCCAAUGGAAGAAUUGCUGCCUACUUGACAUUUGCAUUAAAUAAUAUUAAUUAAAAAGAACAUUUAAGUUUUAACCUUUGCCACCUGCUACACUGGUUCUCCUGCCCACUAUUGCGAUGAAAUUUGACUGGGCCUACAAUCAACUAGAUGGUACCACUUUUCACUCAUUCCCCCAAUGUUCUCUCCAUGAAACUCUUGCCAGCUAUAAAACUGUUAUAGUAUAAAAUGCUGUAAGUAAGUAAGUGGGAUAUGGUCGCCUAGGUCAGCAUAGUCCUGAAUAGGACUGUUGUUAACGCACUGGCUGAGUGUAGUAGUCAUCUUCAGAGACAAAGUAAGUUGUAUCUCAUCAAUAUUAUUGGCAGAUGCUCUUAUGAUAAUUAUCGGUCUGCCGCUCAGCAUAUUGAAAUCUUAUUUAUUUCAGAGGUGCAGCUGGGGCUAAAGAAUCACCUCCACGGUUAGUACAAAAAGGACAUCAUUUUGUUAUGUGGAAAACAGUGUUCAAGAAAAGUCCUUGAUCCUUUCCCAAAAAUACCCGACCAAAAUAUAUUGGCAAAAAAUUUCUUAAUCAGGUUCUAAUAUUGAAGCCAUGCAAACUUAAAGGAAAGAAGAUAUUGUUAAUGAAAAGUGCCACACACAGAAUGUUGAAAAACUACCGGUAGAUCUCAAAUAGAGAAUUCAUCUUCAGGUUUACAUACGAUGUCUAAUGGCCUUAGAGAAUCAGUAGCAGGCCAAGGCACACCUUACCCACACACAUGCAAAACAUAGUCAUAGUUACAAUGAAAUUAGCCUGCAAUGAGACCAUCUUGAUAGAAAAGGAGCAGAGAGCAAGUUGAGAGUUUUGCCACGUGGCAAAACCAUUGAAUUGCAAGAUGGUGGGAAGGCCAACAUGAAACCUCAACACAAGAUCCUGCUUCCAUGUUACACGUACAUGUACAAGUUAAGACAACAAGGCUCUAACUUCGAGUGCAGUGCAGGGACAUGUCUCACUUGACUUUCUGUUACCUUAGAUUACAGUUAUGACAAAUUCAUCGUGUUGUCGCUUGAAACUAGGCGUCAUGAUAUCAGCAAAGGCUUAGUUGUCCACUGUCGCUCCUCUGACAGAUUUAAAUAAGGAAACUUUUUGUGAAUGAGAAUUAGAGUUAUUCCUGUGCUGGCCAAAUAUGUCAAAAUGUUCAUAACAACCAUUGUUUGGCCAAUUGGAUCUUAAACUCUUGGGUAACACUACCUUUCAAAUAAUAAAAAGAUUUUAAGUUAGGUAUCACAUAUUUUGAAUCUUAAUCUUAGUCUUCUGCAACAAUCCCUCCUUAAGGUACUUGUAUAUUUCUUGUGUGUAUCACUUUUGAUCACUGUGUGUAAUGUCUGUUAACACCCACUACUCAGAGGCAGUCAAGUGACAAAAUUGAAAGCUAAAUUAAUUAGGGCAUUUCAUUCUUUUAAAAAACGUUUUUUGUUGACAAGGUGCAAAGUUUCGUUUUCUGUAUUUUUUUGUUUAAGGCAAUAACAAGAUUUUCAUUUUUAAAAGUUGCAUGCUUUAAGGUCUCGGUAAAGGAAAACGAGGUGCCCACGGAAAAAAAUUCUAGUCGCGCGAGUAUUUUCGCUACAAAGGCAAGUUAUAUAUCAAAAUAAAGCUAAAAGACUAAACUACCUUAUAAAAGAUUUUAUUUCAUCGAAUUUCAAAAGGCGCUCAAGUUUUUUGCUCUCGAACUCACAGGUAUCGAGUUUACUGCUGAAGCUCCAGCCCUUUCGCGUUGUUAAAUAUUCACUUCCUUUUUAUUGCAUCUGAUUGACAGAUAAAAGACCUAAAAAAAGGGCGUGAGGAAAUUUGCAUAUGUCUCGUAUUAGCGGAAUUAUUGCAUUUCAAACUAAAAAGUCGAAUCUCGAGCGCGAUUUACGCAAAGAAACUGACAUAAAAUGAGUUACAAAGGGAAAUCGGAAAAUCCCUCACACCCUUUUUGAUUCUAUAUCAUUAUCCAUCAUAUCUGAAAGUUUCAAAGCGAUAGCUUAAAACCUGUCCCGACUGCUCCAGCCUCUUAAAACUAAAAACGCAGAUUUUAUCUCACUCUCUUUUAGUCGAGAUUUCUAAAUCGCCGAGGUCCACGCUUGGCUGGUUAGCUCAGAAAAGGCUCAUUUUAGAAGGGUUAAAAAGCACUUUCUGAUUUUCUUUUUCUGCCAAAAUAAAAUUUAGGUCCCACUCAUGCCAAAAAUCCAAAAAAAAAACAAAAUCGAGCAAUGUACUAAAAUUUUCAUUUACCGAGACCUUAAGUCAUGAUUCUGUAACUGAUAUAGAGCCUUUUCAGGCAACUGGAAGAUGUGUUAUUCAAUCAUUCUGCUUUAAAACUAUAAUACCUGGAAUAAUGCUGUAAUUUUUAAACGUUAUUAUAAGAAUGAAAUUGUGUCAUUAUUUCUGGCUGCGGUGAAAGCUUGUUUGUAUUCUUUGUUGGAAAACUCUACAAUUACAAAUUUCAGGAAAGGAAAUUUUUACUCCAACUUGACUAUUGGAAAAGGCAAAGGACAAGCUCUACCAACCAACCAAAUAUUGUCAGACAUUAUUUUGUUUACUUACUUAUUUAAUACAUUUUUUUCUAUAACUUAAUCUUUAUUUUAAAAAAUGUAGGUUUUUUUACCAGUUUAUUCUAGGGAGCCAGCUGGGCCAUAGCUGUUGUUUUCGUUUUUAUUUAUAAAAAUGGGGAAAAAACAGUGUGAAAAUUCUGGGACUAAUUUCACAUCGCUUUUCACUUUCCAUACACCUUCGUGGUCUUUGUUUCACAUCAACAUUCCCGAAAUAGUUUUGGUGUUCACGGUGUUCUGAGUUUGAUGAUGAAAAAACCUCUGACAGCUUUUUAUAAACUACAGUUAUUUAUUGCAUGCUUGCCCUUUCAAACUGAUUGUUGCAAAGGUUACAUGAUACUGUCUCGUAUUUAGUUGUUUGUUUUUAUUUAUUUGUUAAUAGUAUUUCUGCUUUGAUUUAUAGAUCCCGGUCAGCCUCCCCUCCGUACACCCGCCGUUCACAGUCCAGGUCUCCGCCUCCCCGUCGUCGUUCCCGUUCACCUCCUCGCCGGGAUAGGUCACGCUCACCUCGCCGUGACAGGUCACCAUAUGAUCGUGACAGAAGAGGCCGUCGCUGA